AUGUUGCUUCGAUUGGAGCUGCAGGAGUUUGACUUCACAAUCAACCUGGGCGUAAUUUUGCGAUUUUCCGAGGAAAAAUUAACAAUGUUUGCAACCAGAUCAAUUGGUCAACGGGCUCUAGCUAUUCCCAGAUGGACCCAGAUCCGUCCUGUCUCCACACUAGAGGGAAACCCUCACAUAUAUGUAUUCCCUAAUCAUGGGAUAAGUGGAUCGCAUAUUCUCUCACUUCUUCCCUCGGAGCCAGUAAACCCCAAUCUCGCCAUUGGUGUUUCCAGCAAACUGCCGCCAACUCCAGACUCGCUCACGGAGAACGCCAAGUUCCUCGAUAUUCUCCAGGAUGUCUUUGCCAAGCAUGCACAUGAAGACCCAGAGGCACAAUCCCAGGCACAGGUCAUGAUCUCCACAUCUGGGGCGAAUCUUUACUCGGGCGGUGUCCUGAUGACCGCUCAGCAGCGGGGGAAGAAACGUCGUACCGACAUUAGUGGAGCUAGUGGUCAAGGUGGUGUUGGAUCCGCUGGUAGAGGUGGCUGGAUUCAUAUCUCAGAUAACAGGCGGCCUCCUGACUUUGGAAGAAUUGCUUGGCCGGAAGACAUAUUUGGAAGCCUCGAAGUUGACGGAAAUGGUCAAUUUGUCGGGGGCGAUGGACGUUAUUCUCCCAGUGGUAAGAUCUCUUUGCCUACGCCGUUGUGUAAUUCUGUGAUCAAAGUAGACCUAAUUUUGAAACAGGCACAUACAGACUGGUUACUCGGAAUGGAAUGUAUAUUGGGUUUGAGUCCAUUUCUCAGAGACAAACUUGUAAAAAGACUCCGAGAACUCGAAAAGCAGGGUUGA